AUGGCUGAAGUUGGUGGCUUCGUGUCUUCAUUGGAUUUAGAUCUCCAUGGAUUUUCCUCCUCUGUUGGGAAUGUGGCUUUAGCUGACUCUCCUGGCUUUCUGAAUGAGAGACUGGGGCAGAUAGAGGGGAGGCUGCAGAGAGGAUCUCCAACUGAUUUUGCACAUCUGAAAGGUAUCCUGAGAAGGAGACAACUCUACUGCAGGACAGGGUUCCAUCUGGAGAUCUUCGCCAAUGGCACCGUGCAUGGAACUAGACAAGACCACAGCAGGUUCGGUAUCUUGGAGUUUAUAAGCCUGGCUGUUGGUCUGGUUAGUAUUCGUGGUGUGGACUCUGGAUUAUACCUGGGGAUGAAUGAGAGAGGCGAACUGUAUGGGUCGAAGAAGCUGAACAGGGAAUGUGUUUUCCGUGAGCAAUUUGAAGAAAAUUGGUAUAACACCUAUGCCUCAACUUUGUACAAACAUUCGGACUCAGAAAGACAAGUUUAUGUGGCUUUAAAUAAAGACGGAUCCCCAAGAGAUGGAUUUAGGACUAAGAGACACCAAAAACUAACUCACUUCCUACCAAGGCCUGUGGAACCUUCCAAAAUACCAGUCAUGUACAGAGACCUUUUUCACUAUAGGUGAUAGGUGUCAAUCCUCGACCUAGCGACUCUGAUGCAUUAUAAUUGGUUUUCGUGCAGUGGUCGAGGUGCUGUUAAGGAAAAAAUAUGCUACUAACUGUAUGGAAGCACAAUCCUUUUAAGUAAUGGUCUGAGGACAUUUUAAAAGAUUGAUGCUCUAUAAAAAAAGGGAGAGGACCUUUUAAAUAUAAACCACUUUCAGUUAAGUUUGUAAAUAUUUAUGACAUACGUACUCUGUACUGUUCAAUACAAUGACUAAUUACCAUAGGCUGCCUUUUACUGGAGCCCUGUAUGAAAAGCCAUUCCUGUCAUUGAUUGAGUUGACGUCUUUAGUGAAGGGGGGCGAUCUGUGCUUUGUCAUUCUGACCCCUCUAGCAACUGAAGAUUUUGGAAAUGAGAGAGUAAUGGUACUGUGCUUGAAUGUAAGAGAGCAUCAUUAUAAGGGGACCUAAAUAUGUUCAUUCCAAAAAGAAAAAAAGGGUUGGUUUUUUUCUCAGAUAACGUAUACAGCUAGAAGUAUAAAACUACAGCAGAUAGGAGGGUUAGGAAAGAUUACUAAGCCUUUGCAAGAAUAAGCUCAAAAUGGGAAACUUACCACUAGAAAGUAAAACAUUUUUUAUCACUGAACUUUUUUUUUCUCAAUUACUUAAACUUGACUAGAGGCAAUUGGAAUUUGUUAACAUUUAAAUGGGACCGAGUAUUCGGUGAGCUCAGUUUUCAAAUUUACAUUCAUG